UCCGCGCUGCGCCGGUGCAGGGCGGGAAUAAAAACCUCCUGAAGCCCCUCCUGAGCGGCGUGGGCGGAGGGCAGGAGGGGUUUCUGGCGGUGCACGGUGUUUGCCAGAUGAGGCCUGGAGAAGCAGUGAGCAAACGUGAGCUGACAAAAUUGCAUGUGUUUGGCAAAUGGCAUAGCAUUCCAAGGAAGCAGGUGACCUAUGGAGAUCCUGAGUUAACAUACACUUACUCAGGCGUUACCUUUUCCCCUAAGCCGUGGAUCCCAGUUCUCAACCGUAUCAGAGACCACGUUGCUUUACACACUGGACAUACUUUUAAUUUUGUCCUUAUUAACAGAUAUAAAGAUGGUUGGGACCACAUAGGUGAACAUCGAGAUGAUGAGAGAGAACUGGUUCCACGCAGUCCUAUUGCAUCUGUGUCGUUUGGAGCUUGCAGGGACUUUAUUUUCCGGCAUUGUGAUUCCAGAGGGAAAAAUGCAACACGUCACAUCAAGCCCAUCAAACUGCAGCUAGCUCAUGGUAGUCUGCUGAUGAUGAAAUAUCCCACCAAUGUGUAUUGGUAUCACAGCCUGCCCACCCGCAAGAGAGUACUUGCCCCAAGAAUCAACCUGACAUUUCGGAAAGUGAUGACUCUAGCAAGAAAGUGAAAUAUUUAGCAGUCAAGCACCUGCUGUUUUGACCUCGAAAAUGAGAGCUCGCUUUUCUGACAUAAUUGUCGAUUUCUCUUUCAAACGCUAUCUUAGAUGAUCCAAGGUAUUUGGAUGAGGGAGUUAAACCAGAAGAGGGGAUAGUGUGCUUGGUAAUUUGCUAACAAAUAAAUUGCUCAUCUUAAAUGACAAGACUAUUGUUCUCUCAGUAAAGCGUUGCUACAGCCCUGCCGAUACAGAUUAUUUUUGAUGACUGAUACCCUUGUUUUCUUUGGCUCAGGAAGAACUUUGUUCUCAAUUGAUCUUAAUCUAACCAUUUUUUCAAAAAGAUCAAAAUCUGGUAUAUCCUUGAAAUAGCUGCAAAGUGCUUUAUAAAUACUAUAAAGUACAAAAAGGUGUAAUCAUUUAGAGUUGAUAUUGUUCAAUAGAUUACACGUUCUUGUAUGCUCUGUCAAUAAAAUGUGGUUUGUUUUUUAAAAAUAAAAUACAAACAAGACUCUGAUAUGAAAAAGAAGGGUAGGGAGAUAUGGAUAUAGUGAGUGCAGCAUGACUGGCUAUGUAUUUUACAGUGACUAUGAGUUUUGUCUGCAUAUAUUUCACUGCUGCUCUACAUCUUCCGCUUGCAUGGGAGACUGGGUUAUUUUGGUCGGUAGCGUGCUGGGGCAGGAGGAAGCAUGAGGUGCUGGUGCUACAGUGCAGGGAGAGGGCUGCCUCUUCUCAAGGUCCUACAGCUGUAUAGAUGCCAGGGAGCGUAAGAUAACAUCAUGGGGAAAGAUGGGGUUGUAGAAUUUGUACGGACAGCACAAGUUGGAAGGCUGUAACUUCUGAGAGUAUCUGCUCUUUUCUAAAUAAUUAUCCCUAGGGAUUCCAUUCUGACCAUCUGAAGGGCCACUACCUCCCACGCUCACAGUGAAUCCUACUGAAACGAGGAAAGACCUUCCAAAGUCAACAACAGAUAUUGAAGAAUCGAGCAACGUAAGUAGUAAGCAAAAACGUGAACCAGGCUACAAGCAUCUCAAUUAGUUAGUGAUUGGCUUCAGCCUUCAGUGAUAGAUCUAUCUGGGCUGUCUCCCAGCAUAACUUCAUGGAAUUAAGGUCUGUUCAGACAAUCUGGGACUUGCUAUCCUCUCUCAGUACCAGCAAAUGCUAUAUAUAGCAUGAAGAACUCCUGUAGGAAUGUUUCUUAUCCAGAUAAUGUGAAC